AUGCGAAGUCCAUACUCGGAAGGCAAUGGCCAAGAUAGCAAGAAAGACUGGCUCUCAGGGUCUCAACCUUCGCAAGGCAUACUCGCUGCCCAAGACAAUGGUAACACUAACGCUUCAAGAGCAUGUCACUGGGGCUGUUUCGAUAAACUCCGAUGUUCUUACUGGUUCAAGGAGAGCGAUCAGGCCCAAACAGAGCUUUAA